UGCGUGUCUGCUCCUGCUUUGUAGGCGCGCCUUGUACAGGAAAUUUCUUUGAACAGGCUAUUCCACACAGGCGGGGGAAACGAUAACACAGACGACGGAGGCGGGCUGCAGCCAGACUCUCUUUUGGAGAGUGGGUGAGCGAGGUAACUCAAACCAGCCGAAGUUUGUUUGAACACGUUGGGAACUACAGCCCAGACGACGUGCCUCGCAACUAAAUCGACAUUUUUCGACGCACCAAGACUUGGUGACGUUCAACCUGGAGCGACGAGUGAAAAACUUGGAUGAAGAACGCUGUGCCUCUUAGGGAAAUAUCACCUUAAACGUGCAGUGUUUCUUGCAUUUUGAGGCCAUUCAAAGCAAAGAGGAUGGACUCAGGCGUCACGUGGCGAAAGGAACUCCGGCUGGUUCUUGUCGGAAAUACAGGAACGGGCAAAAGUGGGUCAGGAAACACCAUCCUGGGCAGUGAACACUUUGUGUCAGAGCUCAGUUUUAGCUCAGUGACCCAAAAAACUGAGUAUGGAAUCGCUGAGCUUGUGGAGGAUCAUGACCGGAAGAGAAAGGUGACAGUGGUAGAUAUGCCAGGGUUUGGGGACACUAAACUCACUGAAGAUGAAGUUCAUGAAGAAAUAGCCAAAUGUAUUGUUUACUCAAAUUUUGCACCCCAUGCCUUUUUCUUGGUUGUACCGAUCGGGCGUUAUACAGAAAACGAAGCGCAGGCUGCCAUCAAUCUGGCAAAACUUUUUGGAGAAGAUGCCGUUAAAUAUCACACAAUAGUUCUUUUUACGGGAGGGGAUCGUCUUAAGGGCAAGAGCUUUGCAGAACACCUAAGAGAGGCGCCUGCUGGACUCAGGGAACUUAUUGGCAAGUGUGGUGGCAGGUACCAUGUGUUCAACAAUGAAAACUCCAGUGAUGUUGCCCAGGUUCAAGAACUCAUGUCAAAGGUGGACAGGAUGGUCAUGAGGAGUAGAAAUGGGGUUUAUACUAAUCAAAUGUUUAAAGAGGCCCAGGCAUCUGUGAGGAAAGAACUGCGUACAAGUAGCGGUAGUGCAGGAUGGCCGUCUCUUGAAAAGAUGUGGCCGAUCGUGAAGCGCGUCGUCGUUGCAGGCUUCGUUGGCGCAUGUAUCGGAGCCAUGUUUGGCGCUGGCGUGGGUUACGUUGUGGCCACCACCGGAGUGUCCACUAUAGCUAAAGGUUUAGGUGUGGGAUUACUCGCGGGUGGAUUUGUUGGCGGUGUGAUAGGUGUCGUUGCUGGUAGUGAGGCUGGGAGUCCGGAGGAGGCAGCACAGGAUGCUUAUGAUCAAGUUAGUGAGGUAGGAUCUCGCACUUUGAGAACAGCUAUUGUUGUAAGAAAUAUGGUGGGCACAGGGCCAUUCCAGAGUGUCAAUGUUGGGGCACAAGAUGCAAUUGAUGCUUCUGUAGGUCAAAAUACUGUGAGGGAGAUAGGGGAGGCUGCAGUAACAGCAAUAUCAGGGGCUGCAGUAACGGCAAUCUUAGGUGAUCGUGUGGAAACGAGUGUGGUCAAACGUAAACGCAAAGGCUCAGGAAAGACUUCAGAGAGGAUGGACUCAGAGAUCACGUGGCAAAAUGAACUCCGGCUGGUUCUUGUCGGAAAUACAGGAGCGGGCAAAAGUGCAUCAGGAAACACCAUCCUGGGCAGGGAACACUUUGUGUCAGAGCUCAGUUUUAGCUCAGUGACCCAGAAAACUGAGUAUGGAAUCGCUGAGCUUGUGGAGGAUCAUGACCGGAAGAGAAAGGUGACAGUGGUAGAUAUGCCAGGGUUUGGGGACACUAACCUCACUGAAGAUGAAGUUCAUGAAGAAAUAGCCAAAUGUAUUGUUUACUCAAAUUUUGCGCUCCAUGCCUUUUUCUUGGUUGUACCGAUCGGGCGUUAUACAGAAAACGAAGCGCAGGCUGCCAUCAAUCUGGCAAAACUUUUUGGAGAAGAUGCCGUUAAAUAUCACACAAUAGUUCUUUUUACCGGAGGGGAUCGUCUUAAGGGCAAGAGCUUUGAAGAAUACCUAAGAGAGGCGCCUGCUGGGCUCAGGGAACUUAUUGGCACGUGUGGGGGCAGGUACCAUGUGUUCAACAAUGAAAACUCCAGUGAUGUUGCCCAGGUUCAUGAACUCAUGUCAAAGGUGGACAGGAUGGUCACGACAAGUACAACUAGGGUUUAUACUAAUCAAAUGUUUGAAGAGGCCCAGGCAUCUGUGAGGAAAGAACUGCGUACAAGUAGCGGUAGUGCAGGAUGGCCGUCUCUUGAAAAGAUGUGGCCGAUCGUGAAACGCGUCGUCGAUGCAGGCUUCGUUGGCGCAUGUAUUGGAGCCAUAUUUGGUGCUGGCGUGGGCGUCGUUGUAGCCUCCAUCGGAGGGUCCACUAUAACUAAAGAUCUUGGUGUGGGAAUACUCACGGGUGGAUUUGUUGGCAGUGUUAUAGGUGUCGUUGCUGGUAUUGAGGCUGGUAGUCCGGAGGACGCUGCACAGGAUGCUUCUGAUCAAGUUAGUGAGGUCGGAUUUCGCACUUUGAAAGUAGCUAUAGAUGUAAGAAAUAUGGUGGGCACAGGGCCAUACCAGAGUGUGAAUGUUGGGGCACACAAUGCGAUUGAUGCUUCUGUAGGUCAAAAUAGACAGGGUAGAUAGAUAGGGGAGGCUGCAAUAACGGCAACCUCAGGUGAUCGUGUGCAAAUGAGUGUGGUCAAACCUAAACGCAAAGGAUCAGGAAAGAAUUGAAGGCAUGUGCCUUUUACUAUCGCUAAAUUAUCAAAUGUAUGAGGCCAAAGAUGUAGCCAGAAAUUCUAUGGAGGCUACACAUUUCAUUACUUUACUCUGUUUCAUGCAGAAGAUAGAUACAAAUUAAUGGGAGGUGGUUGUAAUAGAUCAAAAUUAAUGGGAGCCUGUCUAGGUUUGUCCAUUAUAUACUUUGUGUUUAGAUUGCAAUCACUUUUGUAAGUCAACCAGCUCUGUCAACUACUCACCAAUGGGCAGUUAGAACAAAGAGUUUAAUCCAGGCAGACCCGCAUUUUUUCUGCUGGGCAAAAAAAAAACAAAAAAAACUCAAAUACCAGAACAAAGUGAGAUUUUUUUGGUCGGGGAUAUUACAUGCUUUUAUUGGUUAUUUUUUAUGCUAAUGUUACAUUGUGUUUGAUGAGAAAUGAGUACUUACGUUUGCCUUUUUGAAGUUCCGUUUUGCCUCAGCCGUUUUCAAAGAGGCAAAAAUAGCAAAGAGGGUGUGCUAAACUUCAUGAUCUGAUUUCGAUGAGUAAAGUUUCAUCCAAUGAUCUCCCAGAAGUGGCAAUAGCAACGAAAUUCAGUGUAUUUAUUGAUUGAUUUAGAGAGGCAAACGUGUCAUGUCCUUCAGCAGCAUGCUCAGGUUUGAAGGGGUUAAAUUUAAAUGUUAGUCCGGUCAGCCACAUACUGUAUCAUUGAGGAUUUGGCAAGCAAAAAAAAAGAAAAUGGGAAGUCAGGGCAUUUUCAACCCUAACUGUCAAUCGAAGUUUGAUUUAAAUAAAAAAUAAUGAUUGUCACUUUUAGCGCAUACACCCGGCUAUAUAUACACACAUGCUCGUAUGGUAUUUACCAGUACUAUUUUCUAUGUUUGUACUUUAGACUUUUUUCACUUAAAUAAAAAGAAUUGUCAUUUAAAUAUGUAAUACAUUAUACAUUCAUCUCGAUUUUGCGUUCAACAAGUAAGUCUUAUAAAUAAGUUUGGACUUCACUGUGUUGUAUUGAUAAAGGCAAUCAAUCAUGAUAAUUUUGUCCAUUCCAUCCUGUCAUUUUUGUACAACUU